AAGCUCGGUUCGAGUAACGGCGGAGUAAACGGUCGCGACAGGUUCGUGCAUGCACGGUCUCGUUAUUAAAAAUAGCUUCGAGAUAUUAUUGACCCGCGCGUUGGAACUUGGAUUACAAAUUUUCCGGUUGACCGGCCUAGAUCGUAUCCAUUCGGAUUUUACCAAGUCCUUAAAUCUCGAGCUCACGGAGACUGCGAAGACGCGGCUUCCCAGCCGGCCAUCGACGCCUUUGAACCCACAUGCCUGUCCAAAGGAUAUCGCGUUGUAUCGAACGUCACGAGGAGAUCGACGAUCGAUUAUGUCGGUUUCGUCUCCAAGUUCAAGACGCACGGAUGAACCACAGGAGAAAAUUGGUGAGGCUGUUCCUAAAUUUCGGGUCACACGUUGACGAGCUUCGAUUGCACGGAUGUAUCAUGGGAUGAUAAAUUGACUGGACCUGUAACAGGUUAUCGGUGCAGUAUGCCUUUCUCGAAAUGACUUAUCCAAAGUGAAGGUUACGAGUGAACAGCCGUCAACGACGUCGGGAGAUGCCGCAUCGCGUGAUUUGGGAGAAGAAGAAGAAGAAGAAGAUGAAAGGAGGGUCGUCGAGGAGGCACGAGGAAGUUUGAAAAGCGCGUCCGAAGGGGAAAGUUGGACGGAAAGAAAGGAAGAAAGGAAGGAAGAAAGGGUGCAAGGGAUGAGGAAGUUCCCGUCGACCGCCGACCGUUCCCGUGUCCCGCCGAUCCGGAGGAUCAGGACGUCGCGAUGGCGGACGAGCAGGAGGCGAACAACACGUGCGAGGACUCCCUCGGCCCCGGGGACGCGAACACCGCGUUCGCCAAGAAGAUCCGGGGCCGUAAGGGCGCGCUCAAGAAGAAGAAUGUCUACGUCGUCAAGAACCACAACUUCAUGCCGCGGUUCUUCAAGCAGCCGACCUUCUGCAGCCACUGCAAGGACUUCAUCUGGGGCUUCGGCAAGCAGGGUUACCAAUGCCAAGUCUGCAGCUUCGUGGUUCACAAGCGAUGCCACGAGUACGUGACGUUCACGUGCCCCGGCGCGGACAAGGGAGCUGACUCGGACGACACGCGGACGAAGCACCAUUUCAAGCAACAUACCUACAACAGCCCCACCUUCUGUGACCACUGCGGUAGUCUUCUCUAUGGUGUCAUCCACCAGGGCAUGAAGUGCCAAGCAUGUGACAUGAACGUGCACAAGAGAUGCGAGGAGAGCGUACCGAAUCUAUGCGGGUGCGACCACACCGAGCGGCGGGGUCGUAUCAACCUGAACAUCUCGUGUUCCGGCAACAAGCUCACCGUCGAGGUGAAGCAGGGACGAAACCUGAUCCCGAUGGACCCCAACGGCUUGUCGGACCCGUACGUCAAGCUGAAGCUGAUCCCGGAUUCGGACAACGUGAAGAAAAAAACGAAAACGAUCAAGUCCUGUCUGAACCCGGAAUGGAACGAGAUGAUCGUAUUCGACCUGAAGCCCGAGGACAAGGACCGGAGGCUGCUGAUCGAGGUCUGGGACUGGGACAGAACGUCCAGGAACGACUUCAUGGGUUCCCUGUCGUUCGGCAUCUCGGAGCUGAUGAAGGCGCCCGCGAGCGGAUGGUUCAAACUGCUCACCCAGGAGGAAGGAGAGUACUACAAUGUCCCCGUGCCGGAGGAAGGCGUCGACCUCGCCGAGCUGAAAGUCAAGAUGCGAAAGACAUCGGUCACGAAGAAGGCGCCGGCCACCCAGGACAAAGAGGUGCCGCACAACAUGGGCAAGAGCGACUUGAUCAGGGCCAGCGACUUCAACUUCCUCAUGGUCCUCGGGAAGGGCAGCUUCGGGAAAGUGAUGCUGGCGGAACGGAAGGGCACGGACGAGCUGUACGCCAUCAAGAUACUGAAGAAGGACAUCAUCAUCCAGGACGAGGACGUCGAGUGCGCCAUGGUGGAGAAGCGGGUGCUGGCGUUGUCCAGCAAGCCGCCGUUCCUCGUGCAGCUGCACUCCUGUUUCCAAACCAUGGACCGGUUAUACUUCGUCAUGGAGUACGUGAACGGCGGGGAUUUGAUGUACCAGAUACAGCAGUGCGGCAAAUUCAAGGAGCCGGUCGCAGUAUUCUACGCGUCCGAGAUAGCGAUAGGUCUGUUUUACCUGCACGGCCGAGGCAUCAUUUACCGGGACCUGAAGUUGGACAACGUUUUGCUGGACCAGGACGGACAUAUCAAGAUUGCGGACUUCGGGAUGUGCAAGGAGGGCAUCAGCGGCGACAAAACCACCAAAACGUUUUGCGGAACACCGGAUUACAUCGCUCCCGAAAUCAUUCUAUAUCAACCGUACGGAAAGUCGGUGGACUGGUGGGCGUACGGGGUGCUGCUGUACGAAAUGCUGGUCGGUCAGCCACCGUUCGACGGGGAAGAUGAGGACGAACUGUUCGACGCCAUAAAGGAUCAUAACGUCAGUUACCCGAAAAGCCUGACGAAGGAGGCUAGAGAAAUCUGCAAAGCGUUCCUCACGAAGAACCCGGUGAAGAGACUAGGCUGUGGAUUCAGGGGCGAGGAGGACGUGCGCAGCCACGCGUUCUUCCGACAUAUCGACUGGGUGAAGAUAGAGAACCGCGAGGUGCAGCCGCCGUUCAAACCAAAGAUCAAACACCGCAAGGACGUGAACAACUUCGACAAACAGUUCACCUCGGAGAAGACGGACCUGACGCCCACGGACAAGCUGUUCAUGAUGAACCUGGAUCAGACGGAGUUCAUGGGCUUCUCCUUCCUCAAUCCGGAAUACGUGCAGCACGUCUAAACGGAUAAUGGGGAGCCGUC